AAAUUGACUUUUAGAAGGCGUGCAAUGCCUCACCGUUAUCAGAAUUUCAGAUUGAUCAAGAAUCUGAAUACUUGAUCUCACUCACAUGGCUGAAGUGAAGCUGCUUGCUGCAUGGCCUAGUCCUUUUUAUUAUAGAGUGGUUUGGGCCCUGAAACUGAAAGGCAUAGCAUAUGAAUUCAUAGAAGAAGAUCUAGCCAACAAGAGUCCCUUGCUUCUCCAGUAUAAUCCAGUUCACAAGAAAAUACCAGUACUCCUUCAUCGUGGAAAGCCAAUUUGUGAGUCCAUGAUCAUUCUUGAAUACAUCGAAGAGAUUUGGCCACAAAAUUCCUUGCUACCAAGUUAUCCCUAUGACAAAGCCAUUGCUCGUUUCUGGAUCAAAUUUGCCGAUGAAAAGAGUCCAGCAAUCUGGAUGGUUUUCAGGACCAACGGUGAAGAACACGAGAAGGCGGUUAAGGACAGCUUGGAAAUGCUAAAAACCAUUGAAGAGCAUGCACUAGGAGAGAAGAAAUUCUUUGGGGGAGACAAGAUUAACAUGGUGGAUAUUGCUUUUGGACAACUUGCCUACUGGUUACCAGUUAUUGAAGAUGUAACAGGAGUGAAGCUACUUGAAGCUGGCAAUUUCCCUCGUUUGCAAACAUGGAUCAAGAAUUUCAAGCAAGUUCCAAUAAUCAAAGAAAACCUCCCCGAUCGUGACGAGAUGUUUGCUUUCUUCAAGCGCCGCAGGGAGAUGACACUUGCUUCUAAAUGACACCAUUGUCCCAGAAUCUAUGUUCUGAAUUUUCUCUAUGCAAUCUACUCAUUUUAUGGAUAUUACCUAGUGAAACAAAUAACGAGUAGAAAUUAUGUGUCUUAGGCCUCAGUUAGUUAGCAGUAGCACCGAGGUCACUUUAGUUUCCAUUGGGCAGGAUAUGAAAUUCGAUUGUCCUACAUGGUUUAUCUUGCA